ACUGCAGCUUGCAUCCCGGCCGCUAAUUGCAGCGCAGUGCCGAUGUUCGAUCAUUAAAAUGCACAUUUUACUUUCACUUUACGCACUUUUUCACGCACGGACCGUGCACUCGGAGCAUCUUGGCGAGCGUGCGUGUGCACGCGCGGAACAAGAACGUCUCCAAUGGGACAACUAUUAUUUUUGAUAUUGCGGAUUAUUGGAGCCACUUGCGCCGCGCCGCAGAACAUUCUGGAAACGCUGUGGGGAACGAUGCUUUAAGUCCGGAGGAAAAGUCCGUCUUUUUUUUUUUUUUUUAAUAAGAUGUUUUUUUACGCAGCGUUGAUUUGUUGAAUUAAGGCAAAAGAGAAUUGCGUCACUUGUCGAUGUAGAGCAAUAAAAAGGCGCAGAGUGUUUGCGGGUCAUCAGGCUUACAUAAGCAGCGGGCGUCAUGUACGCAGGACGCAAGAGGAGAAAACCCGUCCAGAGAGCGGUGAAACAGACGCCGACGGAGGGCGCCAAGUCCAACCCAUCUAAGCGGCACCGGGACCGGCUCAACGGGGAGCUGGAAAGGUUGGCCAGCCUACUGCCGUUUCCGGAAGAAGUGACGGCCAGCCUGGACAAACUGUCCAUCUUGCGCCUGAGCGUCAGCUACCUGCGAGCCAAGAACUUCUUCUCUGUGGCGCUGAACAACCGAGUGACUCCAGUGGCGUUGAAUAAUGGCGACGACAACACAUCAGCAGCGGCGGAGGCCAAGAUACCUGAGGGAGAGCUUUUACUGCAGGCUCUCAACGGGUUUGUCCUGGUGAUCACCGCCGGCGGUACCAUCUUCUACUCCUCCCACACCAUCCAGGACUACUUGGGCUUCCACCAGACCGACGUCAUGCACCAGAGUGUGUACGAGCUUGUUCAUACAGAAGACCAGCAGGAGCUCCGAAGAAACUUGCACUGGGCGCUGAAUCCGCCGCCUGCGGCGACAUCCACUGUCAGCCAAGACUCACCCCAAGAGAUAGAACCGGACAGCAGCUCGUCUUUGGUCACCUACAAGCCUGAACAGCUUCCUCCAGAGAACUCAUCCUUCCUUGAGAGGAGCUUUGUGUGCCGCUUUCGCUGUCUCCUGGACAACUCGUCUGGCUUUCUGGCUCUGAACUUCCAAGGCAGGCUAAAGUUUCUACACGGGCAAAACCAGCGUCAAGAAAACGGAGGAAAGGCACCGCCGCAGCUUGCCCUAUUCGCCAUUGCGACUCCUCUUCAGCCUCCAUCCAUCCUGGAGAUCAGGACCAAGAACAUGAUCUUCCGAACCAAGCACAAAUUGGACUUCACGCCGUUGGCCUGUGACGCCAAGGGUAAAAUCGUCCUGGGCUACACAGAGGCUGAACUGCGGGUACGAGGAUCCGGUUAUCAGUUCAUCCAUGCCGCAGAUAUGUUGUACUGUGCAGAGAAUCACGUCAGAAUGAUGAAGACUGGGGAGAGUGGACUGACCGUGUUCAGGCUGCUCACCAAGGAGAAUCUCUGGAAAUGGGUGCAGGCUAACGCUCGACUGGUUUACAAAAACGGCAAACCAGACUACAUCAUCGCCACCCAGAGGCCCCUUUUGGAUGAAGAGGGAGGAGAACACUUGCGUAAACGCUCCAUGCAUUUACCCUUUACGUACGCUACAGGCGAGGCCUUGCUCUACCAGUCCAACCACCCCAUCGCGGGGUUCAGAGAUGGUGUUUCUGAGAAGAACGGUAGUAAGUCAAAGAAAAGUCGGACUGAAAGGCUGUUGAGGGAUGGUCUGGAUCCAAGCUCGCUCUUGGGGGCCCUCAUGAGUCAGGAUGAGUCGGUGUACGUUUGCCAGGCUGCCCUGGAGCCCAAAAUGUCCUUUCAUAACAGCUUCUUUGGAGACCAAAUGGGCUUCUCUGAGUCCAAAUCCUCAAGCUUGCACAGAACCUGGGACACUCCGAGCAAUGGCGACGUGGAUCCAAGUAUCACAGAACCAAGCACUAGCUUUGACCCGCUGCUGGCUACCCUUGACUCUCUCUCCCUGGAAGGCCAAGGGGUCAUGGAUGCAGAGGAUGCCAGCUGUUCAAAUGGAGAGCUGUUUGGAGCUCUUGAGGGUCUGGGGCUGAGCGCAGAGGAUUUGGAGCUUCUCCUGUUGGAUGAGCGGAUGAUCCGAGUCGAAAUCGACCCGGAGCGUGUGCCCACCUUGGACGACCUGCUAACAAAUGAGGAAAUUCUUUCAUACAUCUACGACUCAAUUGAAGGAAAGACUGAUUCUUCGGACCAGGUAGGACAGGCACCUCCCUGUAAUCCCCCAGUGAGUGCAACAACAAUGUCAGUACCCGGAAGCACUCUCACCUCUGAAGCAAAUGUGAAAAUGCAGUUUCCUUUCCAGAAGCCCCCUCUGAUGGGGAAGGCUCCCAUAGUCCAGUUGUCCCAGCAAAUGCAAAAGCACCUCAGCAUGUGCCCAGGUAAAGGGGUCAGUGACUGGGUCCAACAGAGCGACCACAUGGCCAACACAAUGGUCAAUGGAGACGUGCUGGGGCACGCUGAACCUGCUCCCAAUGGACAAUGGCUAGCUCAGGACAUUCUCUUGAAUGCAGGGAUGCAAAUGGAACACAUGAACUCUCAGCAGACUGUUUUCAAUGGCAAGACCACGGAACGGGACGGAGAGCUACAUCAGAGCUACCUUCAGCAGCCCCUGACGCAGAACCGGCUUUCGCAGCAGUGCCAUGCCAAACAGAAAGCAGCCAGCCUCAACGGACUCUGCAGCAUUUCCAGUACGGACCAGUCAGCGGUAAAAUCUCAGUGGCAGGACUUUGGCUUCAGCGAGGAUCUGGGUCACUGCCUUGACAACAGCCAAAAACUGCUCGCAGACACGUCGUUAGAUUCCCGCAUGGAUUACACCAUGCCCGACCUUGACAAUUCGGAUUACCCUAUCAACGGCAGCGGUUUGUUCGGGAGCGGCUCGCUUCAGCACCGGGCCGAGUCGGCGGUUUCGUCUCUCCAGGGGAUUACCCACAAGCGGCAGCAGGAGCCCAUACCGGUUCCUCUGGCUCAGGUAAUCUCCAGCCUGUCCCAGUGUGCACCCCCCAACGCCUCGCUGGAGCAAAUCCUGGCGGUGGGCAAACCCUGUCGGCAGCUGGACCAUUACGGUAUGGCGACUUCAGACAUGCCUCCCGAUGCCAAGAUGGAGAACGGCUGCAUCCAGUCAACCGCUACUUACCCGGCCGUGCCCAACGGGAACGGCACGGCGCCCCCCGCUGCCCAGAUGCCCCGCCCCGACACUCUGUCGGGCCUCCCUGACCCGCCCGCCCCCGGCUUCUACCUCUGAGCAGCCGGCCUGCAGGCGGCCCAGAGGCACAGGAUGAGCGGAGCAGCCUUAUUACGUGCAGAUAAGACGACAAACACGCCGAAUUACACACGCAACCCUCUUUUUUAUCUUUCUUUUUGUGUCGUGAGUGGUGUUAUCAUAAGAGUCCUUUGUUUACUUCCAAUGCAGUCAAGAUGCUCACCAUGUCCAGGAGGACAUCCAAGUCCAACCUUUGAGUUACGGUGACCACAAAUUCAGGGUUUUCUUCCAUGUAGUGAUGGAGUGGCAGACCAACCAAUGUGUUUGUCUGCACUUCAUGAAUGUACAGAUACUCGAGCGGAAAAAGGAAUUUGAGCACUAAAUGCAACUUUGACGUGACUCGCGUCAAACAUGUCCACCGGUCACUUCAUUAGGUACAGUCGAAGAACUCCAUCCGAUACGAACGUAACGUACGCUCGCUUUUGAUGGUUUGCACCACACUCGGUAACGUUCGAGUUGUUGUUCCAUCAUAAUAUUAGUGAAGUGUAAGAGGUCCUUCCUUGGUCUACACCAGUGCUUCUCAAUUGUUUUUUUCCACGCCCCCUCCCACUAAAUUUAAAUAGGAUUGAGAAUCUGAUACUAUGUAUUUAUUUAUUUAUUCCUACAAACCAAACUUUGAGUUUUUGGCACUAGCACCUACAUGCCACUUUGUUGAAGGCUUGUGUCUUGUUUUCCCACGCCCCCCCUAAAUUAAAUUAGGAUUAAGAACUUGAUAAUAUUUUUCCAUUUAUCCAUCCGUACAAACCACUCUAUGAGUUGCUGCCACCAACACAUACUUGCCACCCAGUUGAAGACUUGUGUCUUGUUUUCUCACGCCCCCCCAAAUCAAAAUAAGAUUAAGAACCUGAUAAUAUUUUUCCAAGUAUUUAUUCCUACAAGCCACUCUAUGAGUUGUUGGCACUAGCACUUACAUGCCACCUUGCUGAAGAUGUGUGUCUUGUUUUCCCACGCCCCCCCCUAAAUUGAAAUACGAUUAAGAACUUGAUAAUAUUUUUCCAUUUAUUCAUCCGUACAAACCACUCUGAGUUGCUGGCACUGGCACCUACAUGCCACCUGGAUAGGGACUUGUGUAUUGUGUUCUUCCCCCCCCCACACACACACCCUCAAAUACAAAUACCAUUAAGAACCUGAUAAUAUUUAUUUAUUCAUUCGUACAAACCGUUCUAUGAGUUGCUGGCACUAGUACUUACAUGCCACCUUGCUGAAGACGUGUGUCUUGUUUUCCCACGCCCCCCCUAAAUUGAAAUACGAUUAAGAACUUGAUAAUAUUUUUCCAUUUAUUCAUCCGCACAAACCGCUCUUUGAGUUGCUGGCACCAACACAUACUUGCCACCUAGCUGAAGACUUGUGUCGUGUUUUCUCACGACCCCCUAAAUCAAAAAUAUGAUUAAGAACCUGAUAAUAUUGACCCAUGUAUUUAUUCCUACAAACCGCUCUAUGAGUUGCUGGCACUGUCACCUACAUGCCACUUAGAUAAAGACUUGUGUAUUGUGUUCUCGCGCCCCCCUCCCGCAAAUAGAAAUACGAUUGAGAACCUGAUAAUAUUUAUUUAUUCAUUCGUACAAACCGUUGUAUGAGUUUCUGGCACAAGCAUCUCCAUGAUACAUAGCUGAAGACUUGUUUUUUGUUUUUUCACACACCCCCAAAAUUGAAAUACGAUUGAGAACCUGAUCAUAUUUAUUUAUUUGUCUGUGCAAACCACUCUAUGAGUUGCUGGCACUAGCACUUACAUGCCACCUUGCUGAAGACGUGUGUGUUGUUUUCCCACGCCACCCCUAAAUUGAAAUACGAUUAAGAACCUGAUAAUAUUUAUUUAUUCAUUCGUACAAACCGUUGUAUGAGUUUCUGGCACAAGCAUCUCCAUGCUACAUAGCUGAAGACUUGUUUUUUGUUUUCCCACGCCCCCCCUAAAUUGAAAUACGAUUAAGAACCUGAUAAUAUUUAUUUAUUCAUCCGUACAAACCACUCUAUGAGUUGCUGGCACCAACACAUACUUGCCACCUAGCUUCAGACUUGUGUCGUGUUUUCUCACGCCCCCCCAAAAUCAAAAUACGAUUAAGAACCUGAUAAUAUUUUGCCAUGCAUUUAUUCCUACAAACCGCUCUAUGAGUUGCUGGCACUGUCACCUACAUGCCACCUAGAUAAAGACUUGUGUAUUGUGUUCUCACGCUCCCCACCCCAAAAUAGAAAUGCAAUUGAGAACCUGAUAAUAUUUAUUUAUUCAUUAGUACAAACCGUUGUAUGAGUUGCUGGCACAAGCGUCUCCAUGCUACAUAGCUGAAGACUUGUUUCUUGUUUUUUCACGCCCCCCCAAAAUUGAAACACGAUUGAGAACCUGAUCAUAUUUAUUUAUUUGUCUGUGCAAACCACUCUAUGAGUUGCUGGCACUAGCACUUACAUGCCACCUAGCUGAAUAUUCUUGUUUUCUCACCUCACCAAGGCUGUCCUUUGUCACCAAUUCUCUUCAUAACUUUUAUGGACAGAAUUCGUACACGCAGUCAGGGCGUUGAGAUGAUCCGGUUUGGUGACUGCAGGAUUAGGUCUUUGCUAUUUGCAGAUGAUGCAGUCCUGAUGGCUUCAUCUGGCCAGGAUCUUCAGCUCUCAUUGGAUCGGUUCGCAGCCGAGUGUGAAGCAACUGAGAUGAGAAUCAACAUCUCCAAGUCCAAGUCCAAGUCCAUGGUUCUCGCCCUGUAAAGGGUGGAAUUCCAUUUUUGGGUUGUGGGAGGAGAUCUUGCCCCAAGUGGAGGAGUUCAAGUAGCUCGGAGACUUGUUCACGAGUAAGGGAAGAGUGGAUCGUGAAAGGUGGAUCGGCGCAGCGUCUUCAGUAAUGCGAACGCUGUAUCGAUCCGUUGUGGUAUAAAGAAGGAGCUGAGCCGGAAGGCAAAGCUCUCAAUUUAUCGGUCGAUCUACGUUCCCAUCCUCAGCUAUGGUCAUAAGCAUUGGGUUAUGACCCAAAGGACAAGAUUACGGGUACAAGCGGCCGAAAUUAGUUUCCUCCGCCGGGGGUGGGUCUCUCCCUUAGAGAUAGGGUGAGAAACUCUGGCAUCCGGGAGGAACUCAGAGUAAAGCCGCUGCUCCUCCACAUAGAGAGGAGCCAGAUGAGGUGGUUCGGGCAUCUGGUCAGGAUGCCACCCGAACGCCUCCCUAGGGAGGUGUUUAGGGUACGUUCGGCCGGUAGGAGGCCACAGGAAAGACCGAGGACACGUUGGGAAGACUAUGCUGGCCUGGGAGGAGCUGGACAAAGUGGCUGGGGAGAGAGAAGUCUGGGCUUCUCUUUUUAGGCUGCUGCCCCCACGACCCAACCUCAUGCAUGUAUACACGCAUGUUUUAGCACAACAAAUAUACUUGCUCAGCCUGUUGAUUAAUUUGAGCAAUGCUGCCACCGAGCUGCAGCCUUGUAUAUCCAUCAAAAAUGAAAAAAGACACUAAUAUUGGAAGUUCCUUGACUCUUAGCCCCCACACCCUCGGGGGUGCCAUUUGAGAAGCACUGGAUUAAAGGAGGGUAAAGGUUUUUUUAUGCUUCAGCUAUGAACAUAUUUGUGUCAUAAUUAAAUGGAAAUUCAUUGAGCACAGUCAGGAAACCAAUUAACCAAUUAACGGCUGUACAGUGCCAAUUGGCUCAGCAGUUUUUUCAUAAUCCUGUGUGCAAACAAGGCGCCAUGAAUCCAUAAUCUUCUUAGCGGAGGUGCAGCUGAUCAUCAAAAGCGAGCGUUCUCUCGGCCCAGGGACUCUUCGGCUCCUUUGCGUCGACGCGACAAGAAUGUAGCCCUUCACGCGGCUUCCUUGUUGAGCGGUCAACAUGAGAUUAAAGGUUUUUGGACAAUACCCCGCACUUUAUUCGGAGAUGCUCUGCUCCGACGGUAACUAACUCUCUUCUUCUGGCGGUCGUGUCGAGAUGCUAACUCCUCGCAAGCACAAACCCUCCUCACUCCAUGUACGCAUUUCUUCUCCACCAUGUCGAUCGCCGCCAACCUCCGGGGUGCAGAAGUCAAAAAGCAUUUGGGGCCACUGACUUGAUUUAGGACAGGGGUGUCCACACAAUUCAAAUCAUCAUGACAAUAUCGGGGAUACAUUUUCUACUUGGGCUGGGCGAUGUUUUGAAUCGGUCGAAAUUGAUAAUUGGUGAUAUAAUUAUGACAUACGUAAAAUAAAAAAAUAAAUGUAAAAAAAAGUUUUAAAUGUGAACAUUUUUAUUUUUAUUUUCUAUGUAUUUAAGAAUAAAUCAAAUGUACACCGUUUUUCAAUUUCCGUUUUCUUCCGAGGAAAAAUAAUUCACUUCACUUUGCGUUUUGAAUGAUAAAAAACUGCUAGUAAGAGGUGGCUAACAAUGCAAGUUUUCGAUUCGUCUAUUUUGCAGAUAAAACCCUAUUAAGUCAUAGAAAAAAAAACCAACAAGGUCUUAUUUACAUACUGCUAGUACGUAUUAACAGACACAGUAUACAGUUUAAGUCACUAUUCUUCUAAUUUUAAAAACAUUACUGUAACUUCUACAGAGUGCGUAACAAUGAAUACUAAUUCCGUCAACUACAACGACUAAUCGCGGCAGAUUUCAUGACAGCCAACGACCACGACUUCCGCACAAAUGAUGACCCAGAACAUUACCUUUUGGAGCCUAAAGAUACGGAGGAUGAGCAAACAAGUUUUAGAAGCUGUGCGCUAAGCAGAUCAUCGAAAGAGUGACUUUACAAUGUCCGCUGAUGGGACGCUUGUAUCUUUCAGCACAAUGCUUGUGCUCCCUGUUUUGCAGGUGUAUUCAGAAUAAUCCAUACCAACAUUAGCAUUCUAAUGCUAAGUAUGCUAAUAUAAAAUAUGUUAGCAUACAGUAUCAAAAUAUAUGAUUAUUUUGGUAUAAAAUUACAAAAUGAUGCAAAGAACUAUAUUAAAAUGUUAGAAUGCUCUCAUUGGCAUGCUUAUAUAAGAGAAUUUUGCAUUUUUCAAGGCUGCCUCCAAGUUUGAAAAAAUAUGAUUUUUAGUCAUAAACCUACAAACUGAUAUACAAAGGUAGCAUACAAUGUUAAAAUGCUAAUAUAUAAAAAAUGUUGGCAAACUUCUAAGAUGUAUCAAAAUCUAUGAUUUUUUGGUAUAAAAUUAAAAUAUGAUGUAAAGAAUUAGCUUAAAAUAUUAGAAUUCUAACAAUAGCAUGCUAAUAUAGGAGACUUUAGCAUUUUUCUAAACUGGCGCCAAGUUUGAAAAACUAUGAUAAACUUAAAAAAUUAUCUAGAAAGGUAGCAUACAAUAUUAAGAUGCUAAUAUAAGAGACAUUAGCAUAUUUCUAAGAUGGCGCAGAGUAUCAAAGUCUAUAAUUUUUUUGGUGUAAACAUACAAAAUUAUCUAAAAAGCUUGCUUAAAAUGUUAGCAUGCUAACAUUAGCAUGUUAAUAUAAGAGACGUUAGCAAUUUCCUAAGAUAGUGCCAAGUAUCAAAAUCUAUGAUUUUUGCGUAUAAACAUAUAAAAUUAUGGAAAGAGCUAGCAUAAAACGUGAGAACGCUAACAUUAGCAUGCAAAUAUCAGAAAUGUUGACAUACUUCUAAAAUGGCACGAAGUAUCAAAAUCCACGAUUUGCUUACCCUAGCCCACCUACACAAAGUACAUGCUAACGUUAGUAUUCUAACAUUUUAUGAUAGGUCUGUAUAUCAUUUUGUAUGUUUAUACCUAAAAAUCAUAGAUUUUGAUAUUUGGUGCCAUCUUAGAACUAUGCUAAAGACUCUUAUAUUACAUGCUAAUGUUAGCAUCCUAACAUCUUAAGCAAGGUUUUGGAUAAUUUUGUAUAUUUACUCCAAAAAUAUCAUAGCUUUUGAUACCUGGCGCCAUUUUAGAAGUAUGCUAACGUCUCUUAUAUUAACAUGGCAAUAUUAGCCUGUUAACAUUUUAUGCUACCUUUUUAGAUCAUUUUGUAUGUUUUAGCCUAAAAAUAAUAGAUUUUUACACUUAGCGCCAGGUUAGGAAAAUGAUAAUGUUAGCAUUUUAACAUUUAUGCUAGCUCUUUACAAUAUUUUGUAUGUUUAUACCCAAAAAUCCUAGUUUUUGAUACAGCAUACUUCCAAGAUGAAGCCAGGCAGCAAAAUCCACGAUUUGCUUACCCUAGCCCCCCUACACAAAGUACAUGCUAACGUUAGUAUUCUAACAUUUUAUGAUCGGUCUGUAUAUCAUUUUGUAUGUUUAUACCUAAAAAUCCUAGAUUUUCAUACAUCUUAGAAGUAUGCUAACGUCUUUUAUAUUCGCAUUUUAACAUAGAUUUUUGGUGCCAUCUUACAACUAUGCUAACGACUCUUAUAUUAACAUGCUAAUGUUAGCAUGCUAACAUUUUAAGCAAGCUUUUUAGAUAAUUUUGUAUGUUUAUACCAAAAAAAUGAUAGCUUUUGAUUCUUGCCGCCAUCUUAGAAGUAUGCUAACGUCUCUUAUAUUAACAUGGCAAUAUUAGCCUGUUAACAUUUUAUGCUACCUUUUUAGACCAUUUUGUAUGUUGAUGCUUAAAAAUCAUAGAUUUUUACACUUGGCGCCAGUUUAGGAAAGUUAUAAUGUUAGCAUUUUAACAUUUAUGCUAGCUCUUUACAAUAUUUUGUAUGUUAUACCCAAAAAUCCUAGUUUUUGAUACAGCAUACUUCCAAGAUGAAGCCAGGCAGCAAAAUCCACAAUGUGCUUACCCCAGCCCGCCUACACAAAGUACGGGUAAUUUUAUCGAUAUCACGAGCUAUGUCACCUUUUAGCUUUUAGCUUGGACUUCAAGCUAGCACAAACUUUGUGUGUUUGUUUUUUCAAUCGUUUGUCCGGCUUUAUUAGUGAAUGAUCGGUCCGAUACUUCUCCUGCACCCUCAUAAUAUCAAAUAAUCCAUCCAUCUAUCCAUUUUCUACCGCUUAUUCCCCUUUGGGGUCGCGGGAGGCGCUGGUGCCUAUCUCAACUACAAUCGGGCGUAAGGCGGUGUACACCAUGGACAAGUCGCCACGUCAUCGCAGGAUAUCAAAUAAUGUAUCUCAUUAAUAAUCAAUUCAAGACCGCUAAAAAAAAACAAGCUGUGGGCUCAAAAUGUCCCCCGGACGGCACUUUGGACACCCCUGUUUUAUCGUGUCUAUAUUUAUUCACGGUUUGCUGUGAUUAUGUGUUGGCGGCUGGGUCGUCUCACACGUACAAUUCCUUCGGUACUACCGGGUAUCGAUUCACGUAAAAUCAAACGGUGCCAUAUAUCGAUACUUCUGUUGCACGUGACCUCGCGUCCGGUUGCAGACUCAACACCGGACAAAGUAAACAAUCACUCCAGCAGCACUGAGAGCGGACACAGCCAAACUCCCUCUCAGUAAUGUUGCAAAUUUCAACUUGGUAGAAAACACUCAAACGUAAAGUAAGGCUCCGCUCUUCCAAAAUGAGCUAGCUUGAUGCUAAUUUACAUCGGAUUUUCCAUACACGUCCUACUGAUUAGCAUUAGCAAUUUCUCAUGGCGAUUUCAACACCUCCAAAUUUGGUAAUGAAAACAACAACUAAGAUGAAUGUUACGAUCAUACAGCUGGGGUGCAAUAUGUGCAAUACUUACAGUAUAAACACUUUGUAAGGCGCAACAUAACACAUUUAGCUUCAUGGAUAGAACAGUUAUCAUAAUCAGCUCAUUUUUAAAUGUCACUUAAAAAAAUGCUAUUUUAUUAUCAAACAAUGAAUUUAUUAAGCACCGAAUAAUGGCACCGUUGAGUACCAGUAUCCAUUCCCGGGUGUCGGGAAUUGGUGCCGUUUGGGUCCAAAUGUGAACGAUACCCAUUCCAAGUUCCAGAGUCAAACCGUGGAGAUAAUAAGAGCAACGUUUUUACUCGCAUGUUGUCACUUUUUAAACGGUCGCAAGCAUAAAAAUAAGUUAAGCUCUUGGAUUCAUUUGAAAUGACGAGGGCGUUACACAAGUUUGCGACUUUUGAGACACAUUUUUUGAAAGAAUGUUUUAUUUGGGACACGUUAAACUUCGGGUUAGCUCUAAGAAGAAAAACUGCAUUUUUAAAGAUUUAAUUUUGCCCAUCGUCCACAAUUCUUAUGUGCGACUGGAACGCAAGUCUUUGCCUUUACUGUUUGUUCUAAAUAGGAAAUAAACUCCUAACACGAGGCGGCUAACAAUGCCAAUUAUUUUGCAGAUAAAAUAAUCAAAAAAGCUCCAACCAGGUUUUAAUUAUGUAGUAACAGAUACAGUAUAAGUCAGUAUUACAGUAUUUUUCUCAUUUUAACAAUAUUACGUAACUUCUACGGAGCGCAUAACAAUGAAGGCUAGGUUCGUCAAGGACGACUACGACUACUAAGUGUGGCAGACUUCGUGAGAGCACAGGACGACUCCUGAUGACCCACAACUUUAUCUUUCGGAGUCUGAGUAUACGGAGGAUGAGCUUUCAAUAAGAAGCAGAUUUUAACCAACAUGUGGCUCUAGUGCUGAACGCUUCAUCGACAAAAACACAAACAUGGUAAAAGUGACUUUACAAUGGCCGCUCUCACUGGGACUGUUGUAUCUUGGAUGUUGUGUAACCUGUAUAAUAACCAAAUUGUAGUAAUUAUUUUUCUAGCGUAUUAACGCUUCAGCAUGAUACGGUAUUAGCCGUACAAGCUAGCUACGGAUAGAGAUAAGCUAGCUUCUACGUCAACACGAAACGUGUUUGAGUUUGUAAUGCACAACACAAUGUGAUUGGACACCAAGCUGUACUGACUGGAAAAAAUGAACAAUCACAUUACAGUAUCUGUAAAGUAUUAUUUCAUGUUGUUUUUUUUUGUACACAGCUAGCCAGACAGCGUAUGUACUGUUUUUACCCCUGUUUAUUUGGGUAAGCACUCCAUUUAUUUCGAAAUAGCUUGGCUUUAAAUUCCACAUUUAUAUCACUCACUCAGCUUCUGUCUGCUCCAACGUCUCACCCAUCCGUCAUGCUCGCUUCAGGAAGCAACAGUACAUCCUCAGUAUAUUCAACUUCAAAAAGAUAAGGUUGUGAAUACUCAUUUUGUCUUCAUUGCCUGUUACCAUGUCAAUCAUGAUGAGAACACACUUGCAUAUGUUUCCGGAAGUAUGGACACUCGUUUGUUGCCAGAAGUAGGAAGUGCGUUGCUAUAGAAAGAGAUAAGCUCGCUUCUACGUCAACACGAAACGUGUUUGAGUUUGUAAUGCACAACACUGUGAUUAGACACCAAUCUGUACUGAGUGAAAAACAUGAACAAUUAUAUUACAGUAUCUGUAAAGUAUUAUUACAUGUUUUGUUUGUACACAGUUAGCCAAAUGGCGUGUAUACUGUUUUUCCUCCGUUUAUCUGGGAAAGCACUCCAUAUAUGUCAAAAUAGGUUGGCUUUUAAUUCCACAUUCAUAGCGCCAAAGUCACUUACACCUCAUUCUCCCGGCUUCCGUCUGCUCCAAUGUCUUCCUUUAUCUUCGUGAUGGCUUCUAGAAGUAGCAGUUCAUCCUCAAUAUAUUCAGCUUCAAAAAGAUAAGGUUGUGAAUCCUCGUUUUAUCACAAAAAUAGUUGUCUUUGUUGUAGGUUAUCAAGUCUGCCAUGAUUAGAACACACUUGCGUUUGUCUCCGGAAGUAGGAAGUGAGUUGCUACGGAAAGCGAUAAGCUAGCUUCUACUUCAACACGAAAGUCGUUUGAGUUUGUAAUGCACAACACUGUGAUAGGACACCAAUCUGUACUGAGUGAAAAACAUGAACAAUCAUUUUACAGUAUCUGUAAAGUAUUAUUUCAUGUUUUGUUUCUACACAGCUAGCCAGCGAGCGUAAGCACUUUUUUUGUUGUUGAUUUGGGUAAGCACUCCAUUUAUGUCUAAAAAACCUUGGCUUUAAAUUCCACAUUCAUAGCGCCAAAGUCACUUUUACAUCACUCCCCUGGCUUCCGUCUGCUCCAACGUCUCACCCUUCCUUCGUGCUCACUUCUAGAAGCAGCAGUUCAUCCUCAGUAUAUUCAGCUUCAGAAAGAUAAGGUUGUGAAUCCUCAUGUUGUCCAAAAAUAGUCGUCUUCGUCUGCCAUGAUGAAAAAACAAUUGCGUUUGUUUCUGAAAGUAGGAACGCUCGUUUGAUGCCAGACGUAGGAAGUGAGUUGCUAUGGAAACGGAAAUAAAUGUGCCCAUGAAUUACUUCAGGCAAUGAUUAGAAUGACCAAAAUAUGGUAAGUAUUGUACAUAUGACAUAUUGUUAUGGAGGUGUCUGUUACUACAUUAUAUAUAUACUUGCAGUGUGUAUAUAAAACUUUGAUGGAUGGGUUUGAAGUUGUUUUAGAACACAGGUGUCAAACUCAAGGCCCGGGGGUCGUAUCUGGGCCGUCACAUCACUUUAAAUGGCCCGCAAACACUUAGGAAAAUAUGCAUCAAUGAAGUACCUGAUCUUUUCGUACUAAAUGUAUUUAUUUUUUCCAUUUGACAAAAUAAAUAUAUGCACUGCAUGAAAUUGCAUACCUUUUAAAUGUUAAUAUUCUGCAAUAUUGCAACAAAUAAUAUAUUACCAUAGUUUCCACAUGUUUUUAUUAGUCAAAAUAAAAAUGAAUAAUUCAAUAUCUGCUUGACUUAUGGUUUUAAAGCAAGUUAUCCAUCAAAUAGUACACUGCAAAAAGGACAAUAGAUAUUAUGGUAAAAUUACGACAUUUUUUACAGCAUAUUCAAUAGAAAAUUGUAAAUUCAAAAAAACUCCACCACUCUUUUUUUUUUUUUACUGUAAAAUCUAUGGUUGUUGUUGCUGUAAAUGGAAACAUUAUACCACAUUUAUUUUACAGUAACAAACUAGCAGCUCAGUUGCAAGAUUUUUUUUUUUUAAAUCCAGUGGUACUGUUUUUCUAUUUACAGUAAUAUGUUGGAAAAACUACCUUCAAUUUUACAGUAAAAUUCUGGCAACUAAGCUGCCAGUAUUUUACGGUAAAAUAACUGUGGCGCCAUUUUAAAAUUGUAAAUGAACGGUGGGUAAUUUUUUCCCAUUUACUGUAAUAAAAUGUUUAAAAAGUGUGUAGAUUUUACAUUUAAAAAACGGUGACCAGAAUUUAACUGUGAAAUACACAAUUUUUUUUUUUACAGUGUCCGUAAAAAUAUAUAUAUUUAAUAAUAAAACGCAGAGGAAAAUCCAUAAAUGAUUCACUGUUACAAGCAGCCCUCUGGUGGCAGCCAUAACUGCGAUGGGGCCCUCAAUGAAAACGAGUUUGAGACCCCUGUUUUAGAGGCUUUGAAGUCCAGAACGGUGACUCUUAUUAGCCACAUCUUCCAAGCAUUGUUAUCAUCUUUAAAAUCCUACAAAAAAAAAAUAAAAAAAUGUCACUCAUAAUGAUUGUGAAAGAUAGGCAACGUUUUUUUUAAAUCAGUAUUUUACCUUCGAUGCGUCCGUCACCCGCAGGAUUCUCACAGUAGUGAGGCGGAAACGCCCCGGUGAAUGAACGCCUGUCCGACGCAGCGUCCGAUAAAAAGAUUGUAAGACGCCAACCAGUCCGCGCGGAGGAGGAAAAAAAACAGUUCUUGCAGCAGUCGGAGGAGAGGGGGAAAACAUAAAUAAAUACCAAAAGCGAGGAUUCCCUGCAGGACGGACCCGGUCGUGAAUGUUUCCUAUUCCCGCUUUUGUCCUUUCUUUUUGAGGAAAAUGGCCGUAAAUUGAGGUGAGGAGAUGCUGAAAAGAGAUUGAAUUGUUGCUGGUGGUUCUUUUUGAUGUCUAUGUUUUAUGUUCCAAUGUGACACACAAAUGUCCUUCCUCUCUUCUUCUUUUCUUUUCUACAUCAGAAGUGUUUCGCUCUAUUUAAUGUGACUUAUUGAAGACGUUUCGUGUAUAUACAUCCAUAACGCAGCUCGGACAUUUACAGUGUACAUAGAUUUGCCGCCACUAUAGUUCCACGCACUGUUUUGGCAAACACUCGUCCCUUUUUGGCUUGUUGUGGUUUUUUGUUUUGUUUUUCAAAAAAGAGGUGUAAAUAGUGCUGACCAGGACAACAAAACACCGGCCGGACCUAUGACAGCCUGGAAAUGGUGCCAUACUGCCGAUAUUCUAGCGUAUAGGCUGUGAUAAUAAACUCAAAGCGGGAAGGACACGACCAUGUUUUCUUUGUCCUUUCCAGACGUCUGCUUUUCCUUCUUGCAAAUACAUCAAUAAUAAUAUUGAAAAAAAAAAAAAAAAAAGAUCUCAGUGAUCACGUUGUUGGGGGGGGUGAAAAAAUGCACCGACAUGUGGAGCCCCGACAUGUAAUGGUGCUUUGUGUAGCAUUUUAACAUCAAUAAACCAUUGCCACAUUAUCUGCCGACUGUGCUUCAUGACCAUGUUCACAUGACAGCCCUCUGGUACACAGGUGUCAAACUCAAGGCCCGAGGGCCAAAUUUGGCCCUUGAAAGCCUGGAAAUAAUAUGUAUCAAUUAAGUACUGUAACUUUUCUUACUAAAUGUAUUCUUUCUUUCUAUUUCGGGAGAAAUUUUUUCUCAAUACAUAUAUGUUAAAGGCCUACUGAAAUGAGAUUUUCUUAUAUAAACGGGGAUAGCAGGUCCAUUCUAUGUGUCAUACUUGAUUAUUUUGCGAUAUUGCCAUAUUUUUGCUGAAAGGAUUUAAUUGAAAACAUCGAUGAUAAAGUUUGCAACUUUUGGUCGCUAAUAAAAAAGCCUUGCCUGUACCGGAAGUAGCAGACAAUGUUUGCGUGACGUCACUGGUUGUAAAGCUCCUCACAUCCUCACAUUGUUUACAAUCAUGGCCACCUGCAGCGAGAGCGAUUCGGCCAGAGAAAGCGACGAUUUCCCCAUUAAUUUGAGCGAGGAUGAAAGAUUUGUGAAUGAGGAUAGUGAGAGUGAAGGACUAGAAAGAAAAAAAAAGACGAGGGCAAUGGGAGCGAUUCAGAUGUUAUUAGACACAUUUACUAGGAUAAUUCUGUAAAAUCCCUUAUCUGCUUAUCGUGUUACUAGUGUUUUAGUGAGAUUAAAUAGUCAUACCUGAAAGUCGGAGGGGUGUGGUGACCGCCAGUCUCUCUGAGGGAAACCAGGGAGGAGCCAAGAAAGUCGCAGCUGCCUCUUUGACAGCUGCAGGAGGAAUGACACAAGCUCCGCUCAUGUCUACGGUAAGAGCCGACUUAUUACCACAAUUUUCUCACUGAAACCUGCCGGUUGACAUAUGGUAGAGAACCAUGUUCGCUUGACCGCUUUGUUCCAUAUUAAAGCUUCACCGUCAUCCUUAUGUAAUGUAAACAAAGAAACACCGGCUGUGUUUGUGUUGCUACAGCCAGCUGCAAUACACCGCUUUCCACCAACAUCUUUCUUCUUUGUAGUCUCCAUUAUUAAUUGAACAAAUUGCAAAAGAUUCAGCAACACAAAUGUCCAGAAUACUGUGUAAUUAUACGAGAAAAACAGACUACUUUUAGCCAUGAUCGGUGCUGGAAGAACAUGUCCGCUACCACCGGUGACAUCACGCGUCAUCAUACUACGACGUUUUCAACAGGAUACUUCGCGGGAAAUUUAAAAUUGCAAUUUAGUAAACUAACCCGGCCGUAUUGGCAUGUGUUGCAAUGUUAAUAUUUCAUCAUUGAUAUAUAAACUACCAGACUGCGUGGUGGGUAGUAGUGGGUUUCAGUAGGCCUUUAACUUAAAUAUUGUGUAAUUAUGCAAAAAUAUAUGAUCAAACAUUCAAACCAUUUUUAAAUAGAAAUUAAUACUAAUAAUAAUUAUUUCAAAGCAAGUUAUCCAUCUAAUUGUGCAAUGUAGAAGUAGCACUAGAUUUCAUUAUAAAAUUGUGAAAUUUACUGUCGUUUUAACAGCAUUUUUCUCCAAAUGAAAAAAAACCAGUACUCUUUUUUAACUGUAAUAACCUACGGUGUUGUUUAACUGGAAG